AUGUCUCGAACACGUCAGCCGAUGUCAAAUGCACUUCAAACAACUACUGAAUCCUCUCGAGACUCGUCGAUAGACCGCUUUCCCACAACCCUCAGGUUGCGAGCGGAAGAAGCACCAACCAACACUCGCGAAGAAACCUCCUCAGGUCGCCGAAUUAGAUGGAGCGACGACGUUGUGGACAAUGAAGGCAUGGGAAAGAAGAGCUCCAAAGUAUGCUGCAUCUACCACAAAGCCCGGCCGGUAGGAGAGAGCAGCUCGGAAUCCGACUCAGAUUCCAGCUCCUCCGAUUCGGACAGCGACAGUAAUGAUGACCGUGCCAAACGAGCAAACCACGCUCGCCACUCGCACGCGCGAGGAAGGAAACCUCAUGAUGAACAUCGCCACAUAGCUGACCCAAACGACGAUGGGUGUUGCUCAGAUCAGGGAGCGCCGAAGUCGAAGCGCAGAAAGCCAAGUCCAAAUGCUUAUGAGAAAAUGCCCAAGUCAUCCAAGAGCCGUUCGCGAGGCGCUUGA